CUUUAUUUUCAUUGUUUCACAACACUGUUCCCACCAACGAACAUCCUGUUGCAAACCAAAAAAGGUCGAAAACUGAAAUCAGGCAAGAAACCGAGCUGGAAAAAGAGCAUUCAAACUGCAGGUAUAAUCAAAGUUGACGAGUUGGACAGAGAGCAAUAAACCAUGCCACCGGGAUUUAAGCGCUCACGGGCACUGUGGGAUGCGACAAGAGACGGGGGAUGGAGAGCCUGGGCGGCUGCUAUAUGUUAUGAACUGCAGCCCAUACGAUUGUCGAAGGCCAAUCGGAAACACGCUGUCGAGACGGUCGAAAGUCUUCUUCGAAAUUUGCUUUCCCUAGUUCUUGGUAUUCCCCCUGUGUCCAAAUCAAUUGUCUUGUUCGCCGCCAGUCGUAGCCCAAAGCAGUGGUUGUUUCUGGGCGCAGUUGUUUCCUAUUAUUACUUCAUUCGAUGGGUUCACGAGUAAGUGGUUGUUGGUGGCUUGAUCACCCAAGUUUCUAGAUUUUCUCGAUCCUAUCCCAAUCCUAUCGCGGAGAGUACCAACUGCAAUCAAUAUCUCAUGCUAAUCCAUUCGUGUUCCUCAUAUCAUCGUGGUUUCUUUUUCCUCUGUAGGACACUGGAUGCCGGUCCAGCGGUACUGAUCCUCACGGCACUGACCUUAAUAUUUACCAUCGGUUUGGGUGACGACGAAAACCAGGGUGGACUUUCCGCCUAUUCUGUCUUCAACAGAGGCUUCGAGAAAUUGAUGGGUUCGGUCGAUGCAGACAAUCUCCUGGCGCAGCACGUUGGUGGAGGAAUGAUGAUGAACAUGAACAUGAACAUGAACCAUCGUGGCGCCGAAGAUCAAGCGCCGCCCCGUCCUCCGAGGCACGAAGAACAGGAGCGCCGUCAGCCACUAGCGAACGAGGGCGAAGCAAAUGCCGAGGGUGAGAACGACGACGGCAACAACAACAACGGCAACAACAAUGAUAACAUCGGCAACAACAACCGCGCAAGGAAAUCGGGGAAGAAGGCGCGAAGGCGCGACCUCGACCAGAGAAGAGAGCUGAGACGGCAACGCGAGGCUGCGAUGCGGGUAGGUCUGAACGGAGGAGGCGACGAUCCCGUUGACGCAUUGGCAAUGCAAAGGAUUAUCGAGGAACAAAUAGCCGCAGAAAACAAUCACGGAUAAGAAAUUAGAUGUCUUCUACGCCUCUAACAUUUAAAGACUCCA